AUGUCGACUCAACCUUUCCCCAUCUCCCUCCCUGUAGGCAAUCCCAUGCUCACCCUCUCCCGUCCGAGCGGCACGAUCUUCCAGAUCGAGCUUCACAACGGGGAUGACAGCAGGCUCACGCGAACAUUCCUAGAAGAAGGAUUCAUGCCGCUGCUCGACUUGGUAGAAGAAGAGUGGAGGAGAGAGUUGAAGGCUGGUAAAGGAGAGGCCGCCCUUGUGAUUGUAGGCAAUACGAAGCAAGACAAGUUCUUCUCUAACGGACUCGACUACGAGAAUGCGAUCAAGCAAGCGGAUUUCUUCCCUAUGGUAUUUAACCCCUGGGUUAAACGACUUCUCACCUUUCCAAUGCCUACCGUGUGUGCGAUGAACGGCCACGCUUUUGCUGCUGGAUUCCUACUUGCACUGUGCUGCGACUACCGGGUCCUGACAGCGGGACGCGCCUGGUGUUGCUUUAACGAAGUGCUCUUCGGUGCCCCCCUCCCGCCGCCUUUCGCUCAGGUUAUCAAGGUCAAGUUGGUCAAUCCUGGGCUCGUUAGGAAAUGUGCACUCGAAGGGCAUAGGUUUGUCCCGAAAGAACUCGAGAGCGAAGGGGUCGUGGAUGUUCUGGUGGACGGGAAGAGCAGAGAUAUCCUGCAGGCUGCGAUAGAGCUUGCGCAGAGUAGGGCGAGCUUGGCUAAACCACGGGUGUGGGGGAAGAUCAAGGAAGAGCUGUACCGCGAGGUGAUCAUUGCGAUCGAUGAGGGGCGGGAAGUUCGGCGACCCGCUAAACUGUAG